AUGAUUACGUUUUUGUGGUAUGAUGCGUUUAAGACCAAGCAGAAGGCCAGUCAACAGAACAUUCAUCUAGAGAAGGCGGCAGUGCUGUUUAAAUUUGGGCAGAUUGGGUUGUUGUUUGAUCGCGCCACCGUGGAGGGGCGGCAGGAGGCAUCGCACACGUUCAUUGCGGUGGCCGGAGCAUUUGCUCAUUUGAGAGAUAAUGCGUCCACGAAGGUGAGUAAGGGGAGCUCCACGACGGUGGAUGUCAGCCUCAAGGGUGGCGGAAUGUUGGAGAAGUUGAUGCUGGCCCAAACUCAAGAGUCUGUGUUUGAGAAUACGAUUGCUAAAAGGAGUACGCGUGGUGUUUGCGCUAAAAUUUCUAGACAUUGUUCGUCGCCGACAUCUCUGGCAUUUUUCUUGUUGAGUGCGCUUUAAUAUACUUGGAUCCCGAUUCAAGUCGUGCUGUUGUUGGAUGGGCUGCAAAAACUUUUUCAACAGCAGUGUUUUUCUUAUAUGAGCAGGUUAUAUGCCUUUUCAAAAGUGGAAGCUGAUUUUUGUAGUUUCAUCUUCUUUAUUAACGUCCUUCACAGUUUUUUUCCUUUAUAAAUUUAUGAUGUUUUUAGGUUUAAUUUAUCUUAGAGUAUAACUAUACGUGUAAUAUGUUUUGUUGUGGUUCUUCAACAGAUCCUCCCAGAUGAUGCUUUUGUGCAGCAAAUGAUCAAAUUUUUGUAGUUGUUUGAUGCUGAUGCUUAAUAAGAAUCAAAUUUGUUAUUGUUGAUUUCUUGUGUGUACUCUUAUUUUUAUAAUUCUAUUUGAUGCUCCAGAGUGCUGUUGCCUGGGACAUGCUGAAAGUUUAUAGCAAUUUUGUUGAUGUUCAAGAGAGACAAAGGAUUGAACGGCUAGAAUUGUUUGAUGAAUUUGAGGAGUGGCAUAUGAUGCAGGCAAGUAAGAAUCUUUCAUUCCUGUUUUGAAACUCAACCAAUAUUGCUCUUAGUUAAUAACAUGAUCUGAUUUCGUCAUUUGUGGGCCUGCACCAAAUAGAGUUGCCUAAAUGUCCUGCUUGGAACUUGGGAGGCUGGCUCACUGUUCAUAUGGACUAUGGAAUAGUGGUUGCAUUUCCAUACAAGCUCUUUUAAUUUAUAGAUCUAUCAAUGAUGCCAUGGUAAGUCCAUUGCCAUAAAAUAAAAUUUUAGGUAUUGGCUAAAGGAAUAUAAACAAUCUUCCCUGCGGCAUACGUCAUUUCAUUUGUCUGAUCCACUUGUAAAAGCUCUUUAGCUUUAAUUUUAGCUAUUUUAUUUAGUGGGAUUAAUACAAAUGUUAGCUUUCACCUGAAAUAAAGUACCCUGAACAUCUAAUAGCUGAAAUUAUUGAAGCAUACACCAUUUCGUUUGUCAUAAAAUUGUAUGUUUACAAAGAGUUUACAUGUCAAAAUUGUCACAGUUCAUAAUAUGAACUGCAAUUUUGUAAACUGCAAGAUCAGAAAGAUUAUUCAAGAUCUCGGGUUCUCAAAUUCCCAUAACCUUUUGUAAAUUAGAAAUGAACUCUCCACUCAUCUCCACUUCCGCUUUGUGACAAUCAAUUUGCUCUUACAUGAUUGUCAAUUAAGUAUUUUAUACUUGCACUCAAUAUAUUGACAUUGAUCUAUAUUUCAUUCAUAAAUUGGUUGCUCGUGGGGCUCUUUAACAUUUUCCUAUGAUCUCUUAGCUUGUUGAUAUAUUUACCAAAGGAUUGUCUUGUGAGUGCUUUCUCUUCUUAUGUCUUCAAUUGCAACUCCAUGAGCUCCCAUUGCAAUUGUGACAGAGUGUUAAAUAAAAUGUAUAUUCUUAUUUGA